AUGAAGUUAGCCUUGAGACUUCUCCGACCGGCUGCCAAUCAGAACAUCAAAACGCCGAAACUGUGGCAAGACCCAGUGCUCGGUUAUUUUGAGACCCACGGAAAGACCGAGUUCCUGCCAGGACAUGAAUACAAUUUGAGCGACGAUGAGAAGAAGGCUGUCUUGUGGAGAUACCGCGUGAAGGAGAUUCUGAAGAAGGAGUACUUGCGUCGUGAGUAUGACCCACAUAGCUUCAAGUACAAGGAGGGCGUCACAAUGGAUCCAGCCAUGUUCCGCUGGUACUCGGCCGACAUGACCCAAGCCGAGUUCUUCCGCUUUACCCCACGCACCGUGUUCUUGUACGUCGGAACCGUUUUCGCCCUGUUCUACAUCUACACCCGUCUCAUGUUCGUCCCAAUGGACAAGUCGAAUGAGGCAUGUCUGGAUGGAAAGAUCCUUUGGUGGGAUCGUCAACAAGGAAGAACCCUCCAAACGGGAGGAUCCGGACUCUUCGCCCCAACCAUCGGAAUCGAUUUCUAA